ACCCCUUUCACUUUCCCGGAAAUUUCCGCUUCGCUUUAACUUCCCCUCUAAUUUUCCUUCCCCUUUAAAACCCUCUUCAUAAACUCCACUCCCAAUCUCUUCUCUCCACUUUCACCCCUUCUAAUUCCUCACUCCUCAUAACUUCCUUUUUUUUUCCCCCAUAAGAAAAAGCUUCCCCUGUCUCUCUAAUCACAGACUCUGUUGCACUAAACCCAGUUCGUGAAUCGGAUCAGAGAUGGAGAACAAUCAACAAUCGUCUUUUUGGCAGUUCAGCGACCAGCUGAGGGUGCAGGGCAACAACCUAGCCAACAUCUCCCUCAACGAUUCCAUCUGGAGCAGCUCCUACGCCAAAAACCGGCCCGAGCAGCGCCGCAACUUCGACAUCCGGGUCGGAGCCGAGCUCAACAACAAUUCUCCUUCCCCCGCCGCCGCCACCAGGCCCCAGGUAGGUUCUUCCGAUUGGAACGGCUUCAACGACGGCUGGAAGGUCGGGGCGGGAGGAGCCGGUUCGCCCGCCGGGCCGAACAACAAUUUUACCGGUUUGUUGAAUAACAACAACAACCACUCCGUAAUCGGCGGAGGAAGCGGAUCUCACCCGAUGAACAGCGUCGGGCUCAACGGCGGCUUCAACAAGGGGAUUUACUCCAAGGGUGGGCUGAACAGCGGGGGUUUCAAUUUUAAUGUGAAUCCGAGGGCCGGGAAGAACGGCAAGGGGUUUGGAUUCGACGAUGAGCAGCACAAUCUCGUCGGCGGGAAGUUCGGCAAGAAGAACGGCGGUAGGAAGAAUAACGACAGCAACGAUAGCGGGAAAGAAGGGAAAGAUGGGAAACAGAAUGGUGUUGACAAGAGGUUCAAGACUCUUCCGCCGUCCGAAGCUCUUCCCAGGAACGAGACCAUCGGCGGGUAUAUCUUCGUUUGUAACAACGACACCAUGGCGGAGAAUCUCCGGCGCCAGCUCUUCGGUUUGCCGCCGCGAUACAGGGACUCAGUCAGGGCGAUUACGCCAGGGUUGCCGCUUUUCCUCUACAACUACUCCACCCACCAGCUCCAUGGAAUUUUCGAGGCAGCUAGUUUCGGAGGGUCGAACAUCGAUCCGUCAGCGUGGGAGGACAAGAAAUGUGCAGGGGAAUCAAGGUUCCCUGCACAGGUUAAAGUGAUAACCAGGAAAGUCUGCGAGCCACUGGAAGAGGACUCAUUCAGGCCGAUUCUCCACCAUUACGACGGCCCAAAGUUCCGUCUCGAGCUCAACGUGCCCGAGGCGCUCUCGCUUCUCGACAUCUUUGGUGAUCAGAAGGCUUGAACAGAAUGCAGCAGCCUGAGUUACAUUAAGAGUUACUGAAGAAGGCCAGAAACGAGAGAGUGGGGAAACAAAGGAGUUUUACACUUUUACUAUAGAGGGGGUUUUUGGUGUUACAGGAAAAUAUGGACACCAUGAUGAAGAAGAGGGUUAGAGGUGAAAGUGAAAAAAAAAGUGGAGACAAAGUUUGGGUUUUUACUUUUCAUUUUUUUCACCCUUUCACUUCCGGAGUGGUAAGGAAUUAAGGAUAUACUAUAAUAUGCAUAGAUAAAUACAUAUACAAUCGAUAUAUGUGUAAGCCGUAUUUCCAUGUAACAUAUUUGUGGGAUGUGAGAGCUUCUUUAUAUAUUGUUCACCCUUCUUGUUCUAUGUUUAUGUUUGUUUUUGGUAAUUAAUUUAUCAUAUCUUUAUGAAUUUUGUGUGUGGAUAAUUGUAAUGAGACGGUAAUCUAACGAUGCAUGAAUGGUAAAAUGACAUGAUAUUGUGAGUAAUAA